GGCAGGUUCGGAGCAGCGCCGAAACAUAUUCUGAUAUUGUUGGUCUAUUUGUAGGAUAGGACAUGAGUGCGAACAGCGACGAGAAACUCUGAGCGGAAAACUGGCCUCACCCUUUCGUACUUUCGUGUGGUUCUUCGCUACCUCUCUAAAACACUGAUAAUUUCCUGCCACAGAAUUCCAGAUCACCUCCGGGGCAGGUCGCCCGGCCGUUGUUACAGCUGUAAAGACCAUCGUAAGAAGAAACAUGGAUCCCAAGUUCAACCCCGACACCGCCAAAAUAUACCACUUUCGCUACAUGCGAGAGUAUAGGGCUGUUGCUGUUCUAUGGGGGCUGUUGUCCAUCAUCUGGUGUAUACUCAACAUUGUUGCCUUUGUUCAACCGCAGUGGAUCGGAGACACCCCAUCCAGCCCUGGAUACGGUCAUCUGGGAGUGUUCCAGCACUGCUAUCCAGACGAUAACUAUGGUGUGUACCGCUGCUCCGGCACUUUCGUAGACUUCAGCACCAUCAUCAACGGCUCUUUCUGUGCCGCCACGUUUUUCGUGGGAGUGUCGGCCUUACUGAUGUUGAUAGUCGUGGCUGGUCUACUCCUCUUCUUCUGCUUCAAGAAAACAGCAGUGUUCAUCUUCUCCGGUAUUUUGCAAGUUUAUUUCGGACUGAUCUGUACUGCCACACAAAGCUUGCUGAGGCCGUUCGACUUUGUGAAGCAGCUGGAGGAAGGCAAUCAAACGAUCUUUAUGUUCCUGGCAUGUGUCAUCUACCCUAACGGCUGGGGCAGCUCGGAAGUGCUAGAGAUUUGCGGCACGACUGCCAGCGAGUACCGGCUCGGGGAGUGCAGCAUCCGCUGGGCCUACAUCCUGGCCAUGUUGGGCAUAUUUGACGCCGCGGCGCUGGCGCUCUUGGCUUUCUUCUCGCUGCUAAGCGUGCCAAGAUCGAGAUUUACUCCACCACCAGCACGGUCACCAAGUCGGAGUUGAACGGUUACCCGGAGAGCAAGCCGCCCCUGCCCAUCCAGCCGUCGGUGUUGGCUGUACCCGGAGGAGAGACGGAUCGCUACAGCGAGUUCUCUCACCAUUCCCACAAGCCACGCUCAACCAGGGGCUUCCAGCUGUAACAUCCUCCCAACAACCCUGCGGGACAGGAAACGGUCACUCACUUACAACUCACUAUGUGAAGCCUGCCCUCAUCACUGACAGAACUUCAUAGCCUUUCACCAGCAGUUAACUAGACAAGAGAUUACUGAGGCUUUUUACUAUUCCUUUUUUUUUCUCGCUGUCUUCCUCACAGCUUCACAUUAUGUCUAUCUGUCUAUUUAUUAGCUUGUCUUUUCUAUUUAUUCUUUUGUUGUAUUUUGAAGGUAGGGGAACAGGAAACCUUUCAUUGAUUAGACCAAGUGUAACAUUUUUUAAUAACCUAAGUGUGCUUUAAUUAGCAGGUAUUUACCGCAGCGACUUACUGAUAAAAUCCAAUUUUGAUUAUGUUUACGGUUUAUUUAUGUUGUAACAAGAACUCGUGAUCACUUAGAAACCACUUUGGCAGUUAACCCCGGGGCUUGCUUGUCUAUGAAGAGGAUAACAUUAGUGUAAGUGCACACGAACAUUCGUUGUACGUGACUACAUCUCAACCCGAUGGUUGAUACAUCCAUGUAGUCAAUAGGCAACAAACAUCCAUGUAGUCAAUAGGCAACAAACAUCCAUGUAGUCAAUAGGCAACAAAUCGUUUGACAGUUUUUGAAGAAAGCAAAUCUUGGCUAGUACAGUGGCAUGAUGCUCGCUUGGAACCACUGCAGUGAGGAUGGUAGGUCCUGGGUUCAGAUCUCGUCUCGCGGCAUGCGCAUUUCUCUUGGGUAUGAUCGUUGUUUACAGGGGUGGCCAUCGGUGGUUUCUUCGGGUACCUCUUCCCACGUCCCUUCCACUCAUAGUAUGAAAUCACAUCUAUGUUAAGGAAUUGUCCUACAAAACCAACCAAGACAAAUAUUGUUUUCGUCUGCCAUUACAAUAAAUUUUGCACGGUUUAAUUUACUAUAGAGUUUUUCUCACUUAAUUUUCAAAAAUGUUAAAAUGGUCAGCAUGAGGUAAGCUAUUUCUGUUUAGGGAAUGAGUGAAAGUUUCGGGAAGUUUUAGCAAGUGUCUUGGCGACUACACUCGUUUUUUUUUUAGUUCGCCAUAUACAUGUAACUCCGUGGUUCGUCGUUAUAUCACCUCUCCUCCUCCUCCUCCCAACUUCCCUCUCCCUAUAUGGGCGCCCAGCGGCGCAACGGUUAGCGCAUGUCACCAAUACAGUGAGGGUUGGGUGUCCUGGGUUCAGAUCUCGUCUCGGGCAUGGUAUUCUUUCUCUGCAUGGCAUCAGUUUAUAGGACUGUCUGCUUUGCCGGCGUGGAACAUUUAUUCUCUGCCCUCACACACACUAUUCUACUAUCUUAUUUGCAUAUGCGCACAAUUGCUGGCUCCGAACGUGUGGGCAUUUCACAGAGUACAGUGGUACAAUGCUUUAUUGUUUUUCUUGCAUAAAUCAGUAUAUUUUUUUCUUUAAUCUGUUCUUUUGUAAACAAACGGACUAGAUCCUUUGUUUCUCAACCUAUGUGAAGCAUAUAGUGGUGACGAGAACUUAACAGACACUUACAGGAAAAUUAAAGCAAAUACCAAACACCAUGUUGGCUUUUAGUCGGGUAACAGCUUCUAACGUUAUAUCUGUUAUAUUCUCUUCAGGGUGGUUGUUUGGACUAAAUAUUGUCAGAUGUAUAGUUUUUCUACGUGUGUAAAUAAAGUACACUUCAACUCCAUUUCAAACAUGAAUAAAACUAUUUUACUACAAAAAAAAAAA